GGCCUCCUCCCCGGGCAGGGCAAGGCGAGCGGCAGCGCGGAAGGAGGCGGCGGCGGCGGAGGAUCCCCCCUCCCGGGAAGGAAGCAGCAGCUGCAACACCAGCGCCGGGGUUCAAGGUGGCAGGGAAACUAGGACGGAUCCGUCAGCAAAGGGGCCCCCUCUGCGUGCCAGCUCUUCCGUUCCCGUCAAAGCCUUUUGUCCCUUGAGCCCCUGAAGGGGACCCUCCUCCUGCCGCCCCCCCUGCCUCCCCCUGCUGCUUCGCUCGCCAUGCCGUCCAAUGGGGGUGUGGACACCAGAAGCCCCUCUGCUGACCGGGAUUCAGCCGACGCUCACAAGCAGGGUGAAGAGGACCCUGAUGAGAACCGCAGCAAGGCGGAGAGGCCAGACGCAGGGAUCCCCGCCAGGAAAGCAGGCCGUCCCGGAAGGAAGCGCAGGCAGCCAGUGGUGGAGAGCGCGGAAGCCCCCAAAGACACAGCCUCAGCACCCAAGUGCCCCCCGCCUGCCCACAACACCAGCCCCGUGGAGCAAGUGCCCAACGGAGAUGUCGGGAUGGGCAGCCCCGAGAACAGCAGCGGCAGCGCCACCGCGGACCUGAAGGGCCGGCAGCCCAGCGAGGACGAGGCCGGCAGCCUCCCGGAUGGGGAGGUGGGGGGACGGGCCUUGGAGAACGGCCGCUGCACCCCAAAGGACAGCCCCGACCCGCCGGCCAGCGAAGGCAAAGAAGAGAAGGAGGAAAACCACUACAACUCCCUGAAAAUGGAGGGAUCUCGCGGCCGCCUGCGAGGAGGCGGCCUGGGCUGCGAGUCGAGCCUUCGCCCCCGGCCGAUGCCGCGCCUGACCUUCCAGGCGGGGGACCCCUACUACAUCAGCAAGAGGAAGCGGGACGAGUGGCUGGCGCGCUGGAAGCGAGAGAAUGAUAACCCAGCGGCAGCUCAGCUCGACAAGGCUGAGAAGAAGGCCAAGGUCAUUGCCGGGAUGAACGCAGUGGAGGAGAUGCCCCCCAGCGAGCCCCAGAAGGAGGAGGAGGCCAGCCCCCCAGCCUCGCAGCAGCCCACGGACCCCGCCUCGCCCACGGUGGCCACCACCCCAGAGCCCGUGGGGCCCGAGGCCGUGGACAAAGGGAUGUCCAAGUCAGCCGACGAUGAGCCGGAAUACGAGGACGGCCGGGGUUUUGGGAUCGGGGAGCUGGUCUGGGGGAAACUGCGGGGCUUCUCCUGGUGGCCGGGACGCAUCGUGUCCUGGUGGAUGACGGGCAGGAGCCGAGCCGCCGAGGGAACGCGCUGGGUGAUGUGGUUUGGCGACGGGAAGUUUUCUGUGGUCUGUGUGGAGAAGCUGCUUCCGCUCAGCUCCUUUUCCAACGCCUUCCACCAGGCCACGUACAGCAAGCAGCCCAUGUACCGCAAAGCCAUCUAUGAGGUGCUGCAGGUGGCCAGUAGCCGGUCAGGCAAGAUCUUCCCCUCCUGCCCGGAGAACGAUGAGACCGACACGUCCAAAGUGGUGGAGAUCCAGAACAAGCAGAUGAUUGAGUGGGCCUUGGGGGGCUUCCAGCCCUCUGGCCCCAAGGGCCUGGAGCCGCCAGAAGAGGAGCGCAACCCCUACAAAGAAGUUUACACAGAGAUGUGGGUGGAGCCGGAAGCCGCUGCCUACGCCCCUCCUCCCCCCGCCAAAAAACCAAGGAAAAGCACAGCGGAGAAGCCCAAGAUCAAGGAGAUCAUUGACGAGCGCACCAGAGAGCGUCUUGUUUUCGAUGUCCGGCAGAAGUGCAGGAACAUUGAAGAUAUCUGCAUCUCCUGCGGGAGCCUCAACGUCACCCUGGAGCACCCCCUCUUCAACGGAGGCAUGUGCCAAAACUGCAAGAACUGCUUUUUGGAAUGCGCUUACCAGUAUGACGAUGACGGCUACCAGUCCUAUUGCACCAUCUGUUGUGGGGGCCGCGAAGUCCUCAUGUGUGGCAACAACAACUGCUGCAGGUGCUUUUGUGUGGAGUGCGUGGACUUGCUGGUGGGCCCUGGCGCUGCCCAGGCAGCGAUCAAGGAAGACCCCUGGAACUGCUACAUGUGUGGGCACAAGGGCAUCUACGGCCUGCUCCGGCGGCGGGAUGACUGGCCCUCGCGCCUCCAGAUGUUUUUCGCCAACAACCACGACCAAGAGUUUGACCCACCAAAGCUUUACCCGCCGGUCCCCGCCGAGAAGAGGAAGCCCAUCCGGGUGCUCUCGCUCUUUGACGGCAUUGCCACAGGUCUCCUGGUGCUGAAGGACCUGGGCAUCCAGGUGGAGCGCUACAUCGCCUCGGAGGUGUGCGAGGACUCCAUCACGGUUGGGAUGGUGCGACACCAGGGCAAGAUCAUGUAUGUUGGGGACGUCCGCAAUGUCACCCAGAAACACAUACAGGAGUGGGGGCCCUUCGACCUAGUGAUUGGAGGCAGCCCCUGCAACGACCUCUCCAUCGUCAACCCCGCCAGGAAAGGCCUUUACGAGGGCACGGGCCGACUCUUCUUUGAGUUCUACCGGCUGCUGCACGAGGCCCGGCCCAAGGAGGGAGACGAGCGGCCCUUUUUCUGGCUCUUUGAGAACGUGGUGGCGAUGGGCGUCAGCGACAAAAGAGACAUCUCUCGCUUCCUGGAGUCCAACCCGGUGAUGAUCGAUGCCAAAGAGGUUUCGGCAGCGCACAGAGCCCGCUACUUCUGGGGGAACCUGCCCGGCAUGAACAGGUUGGUCAGAGGUCUGGCGCCAACACCCAGAAACCUGCCACUGCCGAGGAAGCGGCCGUUGGCUUCAACUGUGAAUGACAAGUUGGAACUGCAAGAGUGUCUGGAGCAUGGCAGGAUAGCCAAGUUCAGCAAAGUGCGAACCAUCACCACUCGCUCCAACUCCAUCAAGCAAGGCAAAGACCAGCAUUUCCCCGUCUUCAUGAACGAGAAGGAAGACAUUCUGUGGUGCACCGAGAUGGAGAGGGUCUUUGGCUUUCCGGUCCACUACACCGAUGUCUCCAACAUGAGCCGCCUGGCGAGGCAGAGACUCCUGGGUCGCUCCUGGAGUGUGCCAGUGAUCCGCCACCUCUUUGCCCCCCUGAAGGAGUACUUUGCCUGCGUCUAAAGAGACACCCGCCCUCGGAACUGGCAAAGCGGAGGAGGAGGAGGAGGAGGCGUCUCAAACACAACCCCCCCCCCGAACAGAAGAGAAGGGGCACCAGAGAGGAGGGGGUGGUGGCUGGUGGGCGAGAGGGAGGGAGGGAGAGGACGGGCCCCCACCCGCCCAUGGGAGGGUCUCCACCUGCCCACCCUCUCCCUGGUUCAAACCACCCCAGUCCAACCAACCGCCCCCCCUUUUCUGUUGGUGACCCUUAAAUUUCCUGCUCUUUCUGGACGGCUUCGUCUCGUCCGUUAGGUUUCCGCCUCUCCUCGGCUGAGCUGCAGGCGUGGAGCCCGGCCGUCCGGGCGCCCACGGGCGUGUGACACCCCCCUGCCAGCCACCGCGGCAGCCGCAACGGAGGAGAGCCCAGAGCUGAGUGGGCCUUGGGGCGACAGCUUCGCCCCUGCUCAGUCGAGGAGCACAAAGGGGGGUGCCGUGGGGGGGGGCUCCUCGCGUCUACCAGCGCCAUUCCUGCAGUGGAGGGUGGGAGCGCAGGCCCGGAAGCUGCCCGCCCCUCCCUCCCUGCCCUCUCCUACCCUGCCCCCCCUCCCCACAGUAUUUGGGUGCCUACCAGGCCGGAGACCGUGACCAGUCCAGCUCCUACAGCCGCUCUUACCUCUUGUUUACAGUUUAUAUAUAUGUGAGAGUUACAUGAGAGAAAUGUCUAUAUAUAUAUAAAAAAAGGUACUGUUACUGCUGUACAACUGACUUUCAAAAUGGUGCUUCUACGUCAACGGAGAGGGGGCACCCGUGGCAGCUUAAGGGGGGCUCUGUGUGCUGGCCCCCGGGGGGGGGGCUUCUCAGAAAGGGAGGGCAGGCAGGCUAGCAGGGGCGGGGGCCUCUCUCGGCCCUGGGUGUCAUGCAAUAAUGCUUCCCCACCCCUCCCUCAGGCCAGGGGCCACGGCCGACCCACCCUCUGCGGUGUCCCAAAUAGUGACCCCCACGUAAACUGGUGCUUUCCCACAAGGGGGGGCGCGCGCCUCUGGGUGUCCUCCCCAGCGGGCAGUCCGGGCGCUCGGCGAGGCCACCUCCCGACUCGGCCGAGGUCUUUCUUUCCUCCAUUUCUGGCCCUGGAACUGCAGGCUCAGCUGCGGGGUGUCCGUGAGGGAAGGGAGGUAGAUAAAGGGGGUGUCCUUUGGCGCCCGCCCCUCCCCCAUUCCUCCGCAAGCGCAGGGGGCCUUUGGGGGAGUCCUUGCCGCGGCUGCCUCCUUCCACCCGCGGCUGAUGUGAAGGGCAGGGCUCCGCUUUGGCUUGAAGAGGCUCCGGCUGUGCUACCUGUCCCCCCCCCUUUGGCUGCCCCCCCAAACCCACCCUUUGCAAGGCCCCACCCCACAAAUAUAGGGUUGAGGGGCAGCUCCUCCCAGGGUCCCUGGGCUCUGCCCCCCUCGGCAAUUGUGUGCACUUUAGUCCUUUGCGGCAAUGGGGUGCAGAGAGCAGCGGCCUUUGCCCCACCCCACCCCACCCGGACGCCUGGGGGGCUGCUUCUCCCUUCCGCUUGUGGGGAUGGCUCCCAGCAGGGCCCGAAGCCCUUGGUGCUAACGGGGAGCCGGGUUAUGGGUCCCCCGCAGCCCCCCGCCUCUGCCUCCCCAGGGGCCAGCCUCCGCCCUCUCCUGCCGUCUUCCCUGCGUUCAUGGUGCUCUUGGAGGGAGCGGCUUGGUGCUGAGGCAAAGCUCAGGAGCAGGGGGGCCCAGGUCCGCGGGAGAGACUGCCGCCCCCUCCCUCCCCCCUCCCCCCCACUUCCUCCCCCAGCGGGUGAAGCAUUUGCAGCUGGCAGGGGUGCUAUCUGGUCUCGGUGCUAAGCGGGGGGCAGGCAGGCAGGGGGGGGCCUCCUCUCCCUUCCCCUCAAACUGUGAAAGGUGCUGGGGUCUCGCUCAGGACCCGAUGGGGAAGCCGGGGGGGGGGGGAGACACUGGAGGGGGCUGUCUGGCAGGACGCUCCCCCAGCCACCUCCCGGGCAGGUAGGCAUCUCCCUCUCUCCAGCCCCCCCCCCCCAGGCAGGUGACACUUUGGACGCUCCCCCGACGGCCCCCACCCAUUGGCCACAAGGGGGGUGGGAGAGGGAGGGAGGGAAGGAAGGAGGGGGCCCCCUUUGGGCUUCUUUCAGUCUAACUUCUUUGGUGCUAUGUGGGACAUCUGGGGCCCCUUCCCACCGAUGACCUGUCCCCUGGGGGGGGCCUUCCCAGGCGCUCCCAGCCCCUGACCGGGGAAGCUAUCUUGGCGGAGAAUCGAAGGUGGGGAGGGGGCAGCAGCCCCUCCCCACAGAGCCUGCCUUCCAGUGACUGUCAGCCGGGGGGGGGGGCUGGCCACAUCAUUCCCAAAUUCAGCUAUUAAUAGCUGGAUUCCCCAAUUGCUGCCCCCCCCUUUCUGAGCAGCCCAGCUUCAUGGAACUCCCCCACCCCAUCCGCUCCAGACCCCCUCCCCAAACUGGAAGUGGCCUCUCGGGAAAACCUCCUGUCUGUUUUGUCUUUUCAGCCCCCCAACUCCCCCCCCAAAAAACGGCGUCCCGCUGUAUUCGUCUUGGAUCUGUUUUGCUGUCUGCUACAGAAUCCACCUGCUCCCCCCCCCGGGGGGGCAAGAGGAAUACGGGAGGAUGGGGGUGGCUUGACUCUGGUCUCCUCUUGCGAUAAAGAGGCCCCCCCCCUCCCACCAGGUUGCACAGCCCUAGACUGAAAAGCAGAGCAACCGGACUGCCCCCCCCCACUUGCCUGAAUUCCUUUCUCAACCACAGAAGGAUAUGGGGGCAACUAAGGUGCUAAAAAAUAAAAAAAAUCCCUCUUUUAUCACAAAUCUCUAUUGUUAACUUAAGUCUGCUGUCUGGACAAUGACUGUUUUUUUUUGUUUUGUUUUCUUGUAGUGGAGUUUUAAAAGAGCUCUAUUAUUUUACUCUUAUAUAUUAUUAUUAAAAAGAAAAGAAAAAAAGGCAUUUUAACUUUGUACUUGAAACCUUUAAGGAAAGAUUUCAUGUGUUUUAGCCUAGGCAUUGAAGUAGCUGAGACGCUUUUACUGUUUGUGGGAAAUCAUGUAUUCAUGCUGAAGAAAUAAAUCUUGUCAAGAUCCUGGAAGAGCUCGGCCGCCUUCCCUGCUCUCCAGCCGUCGCUGCCGCCUUCCCGCUGACAUUCCAUGCCGCUGACCGCCUCUGCCCCCCCCCUGCACCCAGCAACACCCUCCCCUCACUUUUAUUUGCGAGGAUGAUUUUGGGAUGCACCAUCCUUUCUGCCGCUUCCCCCCCCCCCUCUUUUUUUUAGGGUUGCUUCUAUAUUUAUUGACAAAUAAAUAAUGUACAUUUCAGAGUAUGGUUCUGCUAUGCCAGGGGUGGAAAGUGGGGUGGGGGUGGGGGGGAGGCCCAGCUCUCCACCCCCGCCGGGCAGGCUGUUGUAUCUCUGUGUAAGUAUUGCUCGUGACAUAGCUGUUUUAUAAAAAUAAUUAAAAGGUCUAUGGUGCCGCA